AUGUACGGCUUCGACUACAUCACUUUCUUGGCCCUCGCGGCAGGCACCGCGGCAACAAGCGUCAGCACGACGCCUCACGACUCGUACUCUUCUUCCGUCGGUGUGCUUGGUUGCAAGAUUGAUACCAACCGUGUAGCCUACUGGCCUGGCUCCGUCGACUGCAACAACAUCUGUAUUAAGCUCACCUAUGGAGAUCGCUCUGUCAAUCUUCUACGAAUCGACCAGUCCGGAGGCGCCCAUGACAUUAGUUACGACGCCUGGGCCUACCUCCAGACGGGCAAGUCGGCCGCCGUUGAUGCUAUCACCGGCGGGGGUGUCGCCAUGGAGUACGAAGAGGUGGACGCUUCCGAGUGUGCCGAUCUCAUCCUUACUGAAGGCAACAAGCUGCCUCUCAGUGCUUCGAACAGCAUGAACUACCUGGCUAGCUGUCUCGCGGAGCCGGAGAGCUGGGUUGCUCAGAACCACGUCUUGUACAACAUCUGUGAUGCUAUUUGCACUCUAGGCUAUGACGAGACUUGCACACUCGACCUGGCCACCAGCAACCAGCCUAGCUGCGGACACACUCUAGGCCUUACCACUUCCCUAACUUCGGCCCCAGUUCACAACAUCGAAUACCAGUCUGGCAAGGUUGUGGUGGCCGGCAGCGGGGCCGUCGCCAGCUCAUAUACCUACGCUGAGGCUGGUGCAGACUCUGGAGCGAAAGCCGCGACCUCUGCAGCCAAAGCGACGAGCUCUUCGUCCGUGGCUGCCAGCACGCCAACGACUUCAGCCAUCGAUGCCGUCUUCCUGCAGGUCACCAGCGGCUCGACUUCUGUUACGGAAUACGAGACCGCCCCCGCCUCGACAGUCGCGGCGUCCACAACCUCAUUGGCCGCCGCCCCUUCCACCGUCAUCGCAAGUUCCAGCGCGCAAACUACGGAGUCGCUUGCUAGUGGUACUGCCACUACCCUUGUCUCGCCGGUCCACUCCUACACUGCAACUGGCAGCGGUUCCUUAGCUACCAGUGCGGCGCAGACAAGUGCGAACGCCUCGAGCACCUUUUUGGUUGCGACCCUCUCCACUGCUAGGAGCAGUGCGAGUAGCAGCAGCUCUGCUGCUGCUACAGGCACCGCUCAGCCAGCGGCUUCUGGGGACUCUAAGCUCGGCUUCCCGGCCUCGGCGUUGCUGUCAAGUAUCGCCAUGUACUUGCUUGUGAGCGCGCUGUAG